GUCCACCGAGAUUGUCUUGUCUAUAUUUCGAUCAAAAUAACUUAAAAUUCCAACUCAUCGUACAUCACACGAUUUGUUGACAUCCGGGCUAUUCGCCUGACAUCACAAAAAGCUUAUUAAGUAUAUACGUUGUCUUUUAUUUUAAGAAACCGAUAAGCGUUUUUUCCCUCGAAAAUACCGUUUUUCUAAAGACCAUAGUGCUAUCGCUUGGUACUUUUGAAAGCGAUGUUUCACCACCAAAGGGCUAAUCUUUUUCAAUAAAAAAAUAUCGAUUUAUAUGUAACUUAAUAUGCUCUAUCUGAUGAGCAUAGUAAGAUUCGCCCUGUUGAAACUUUUGUAUAAAGCGGGCGAACCUGUGUGGAGAUACCUAGCACGACGGAUUGAGUAGUUCUUCAAAAUCAUUGUAUCGAAGCCUUCUCAAACUCUAAAGUAUCAGGAAAAUAUUAUGUUUACAUAUACAAUCGAUAUAGCUUUAUCACACGUACGACUCCGAUUUUGUUUAUUUGAAACUUUUUAUUAUUAUGUUUUUUUUCUCAAAUGGUACAAUGGUUAUGCAAUUCACUCAUAUAUACAUCAUGUUCCUUGUCAGUUUUUCCAGCUAAUUAUGACUCUAAUGUCAGUUGAAAGCUUCUAUAUUAUUAAAUAAAAGAAUGAGCUCUCAACUAUUUAGACUCGUGUAGUAAUCUCAGAGCUACGAAAAAUGUUCUUUUUUUGAGAAAAAAUCAUUAUAAAACUACACAGAUUUUACUCAUAGAGAUUUUCGAAAAAUUGCAAGAAAGCGCCAAAAGCCUAACAUGUUUCUUUCAAAAUGAACUUUUUUCAGUACAAUUACCAUUUCCAACAUACAUUGGGGGAAGUGGUUUAGAGAAUGAUUCUUGAUAUCUUAUGUUUUACUUAGAUCCAUUUGCUCAAGUUUGUUUUGUUAGUCAAAGUCAACAAACGGAAGUGAUAGAAAACACAUUGUGUCCAACUUGGGAUCAAACAUUAAUUUUUUCAAAUAUUGAAAUAUUUGGAGAACCAGAAGAAAUACAACAGGAUCCACCCAAUAUUAUUGUUGAAAUAUUUGAUAAAGAUCAGUUCGUAAGUUGCAUUCACAUAAUAAUUUCUGCUAUAGCUUAUUAGGAGAAGAGGCGCUCCCAUUCACUGAGAGAGAAAAAAAGAGCUAACUUCAUAAUUCUACCUUCACUUGUUCCGGAAGUCUCAAUUUUACAGCUAACAACGACUUAAUUGUGUUAGAUUGUAUUUUAUUGAUUAUGGUGUGGAUUUUGGCUUUCAAAUUGCGCAAGUGUCUUUGUUGUAAAUGAAGGUGUGAUCUUUUAUCGUCAUCGGUUAUAAAUGACACACGUUGAUGAAUAUAUUCACAAGCAAUGCAUUCGUACAGAUAAACAUUGAAUUAUCUUAUUUAUUAUAUCUUAGGGGUAAAAAAUUGAUAAAACAAGUGCGCUAUUUUUUUCCUUUUUAAUGACCAAAACGCGUUAAAGGUUUUAAAACUAACGCUUUUUUUGUCGUUUAAACGCGUUUUUCUUUUAUCUAUUCAUUUGAAAAGGCGUUUUUCGGAAUUUCGCAACGCGUUAGAGAAGCCGGUUUUCGGUGAAUGUGAACGACAAUGAAAACGUU